AUGAAGUCUAUCAUUCUUUUCGGACUGAUGGUCCUGACCCAUGCUUCUCCCGUUCCUCAGCUUAGCAAACGCGCCAAACUCGCCGAUUUCCAGUGCCCCGAUGGCACCACGUUGUCUGAACAUGACAUUCGGGAGGCACUGCACCAGUGUCGCAGACUCAACGACGGCUCCAUCGGCAAGUAUCCGGCCUACUUUGGCAAUAGGAGCAACAACCAACAAGUAUUUGCCAAUAUUCCGGAUGGCACCGAUCUACGGGAAUUCCCCAUCAUCGUGGAUGGAGUGUACAGUGGCGGCGAACCGGGAGCGUAUCGGGUGGUCACGGACUAUAAGGACAACCGUGGCGACUUCCGCGGUGUGAUGCAACAUACCGGCGCAACUGUGGGCGGUGCUUAUACGGCCUGCACACGCGUCACAAACACCAAGCGCGAGCUUGGCAAAGACAAUGACGACAAGAACAAAGAUGACAAGGACAAAGAUGACAAGGAAACAGGUGACAAGGAAAAAGGUGACAAGAAGGAUAACGUGGAGCGCAGUGUCCAGGUGACUGACACCGUGACCACCGUGGAAUCCACCGGCCACACUGUCAGCGACCUGACCACCCGCGGCAACAAGAAGAAGAUCGGCAGCGCUACCUGUUCUGACGGUGUGACGCUAUCGAAAGACGAUGUUGCGAACGCGUUCAAAGAGUGCAAGAAGUGGGAUGACUAUGGCGUUGGCGGUUAUCCGCACAAUUUUGGCAACAGGAGCGGCAACAGCCAGGUUUUCGAGGGCGUCACCAAAGACCUGCGCGAGUAUCCUAUCAUUCAAGGUGGAACUUGGACUGGCGGCGAACCCGGCAAGUACCGUGUUGUGACCGACUACAAGAACAGCUUUGUUGGAGUGAUGAUUGAGAGCGCUGGUGCUUCUUUCUCGCGCUGUACUGUCAACGAUGAGUAG